AAAAGAUUAUUUUUUUUAUGUUGGAUUUAAAAACGAUUUUUUUGGACGUAAUUGAAAUUGCUUAUCAGCCUAUUCCCAUAUAAGGAAUCUAUUCCGUCUAGCCCGAAACAGGCAUAUAAAAAGGUGGCAAGCGGUAUUGAAUAUUAUUUAGAUUAAAGUAUAGGAGAAGCCAACACAUUGAUACACCACCAUGAAAGCAGUUUUUCUCGCACUCGCCUUUUUGGCAUUGCAUGACACGAGGACAGCUGGACAGUACCAGCAAAUUGAACAUGGGAUGAACCAAUUUGCAGUAGACUUGUUCCAGCAAGCGUUGAAACAUGAACCAGAAAAUUUCGUAAUUUCUCCAUUGGGUGCUUAUAUGGGGUUGGCCGCGGUACUUUAUGGUGCUUCAAAUGUGACAGAACGUGAACUACGGUGCUUUUUACGGCUACGAGGCAUAGACCUAUUUACCAAUCAAAUGAAUUUUGAAAGUAUUCUUGACAGUGUCGACGUACGUGGUGACGUGUCUCUGUUCAUCACCAAAAACCAGUUUUUCAUAAAGCCUAGCGUAUCAGUAAGGUCCACCUUUGAAAACAUUCUUGAAAGAACAUUCAAAUCUUCAGUACAACACGUCGAUUUCACCGAUACGAUAACCACUGCAAAGACCAUAAAUUCCUGGAGCAACCGAAGUACUUAUACAUUUGUUGAUAAGAUUCUGAAUCCAGACGCAUUGGAUGAGAGAACAGCAGUCCUCCUCGUCAAUGCCGUACAUUUCUACGGGGAAUGGGCUACGAGUUUUGCUUCGAUGGGUACACAGCGUGGUAAAUUCUACAUAGAUGAAUAUACGCCAAAAAUUGUAACAAUGAUGUUUCGCAAUCACCUGACAGAUUACGGAUAUCUUCCCAGACUAAAUGCUACUUUUGUAGUUCUACCAUGCAAGCACAGUGGCAGCGACAGAGAUGCGGCAAUCAACGUGUAUUUCAUUCUACCAGAAACUUCCAAAGAUCUACAGCAUGUAGAAGAUAAUAUUUAUUCUCUUACUCUUGACGAUUUAAAGAAAACGGAACAGAACUUUAUUGAAUUGCGUAUGCCUAAAUUUAAAAUUGACAACACUGUGCAUAUGGGAAAUUAUUUCCAUCGCCUGAAAGCUUUUUCACGAGGGGGCCGUUACCAUGGAAUGAUCGACAUAGAUGGCCCUGUGAAAAUUGGAGAUUUAAUUCAGAGAACGAGCUUUUCGGUGGACGAGAAAGGAACAUGGGGAACAGUAGCCCCAAAUUACAGAGCUCUUGUGGGAGCACGACUGCGAACCGAGCCGUUCCUGUUCAAUCGACCUUUCUUCUUCGUUGUUGCAACCAAAGAUCUCAUUUUACUCACUGGUAAAGUAAUGGAGCCAUCGGUUUGAAAUGCACUCAAAUCAUAACUAAAGCCUGCGAGGAUUUAUAUACCAUUUCGUAAAGGUGAAAUUUCCAUGGAAUUCCUGUGCCGUCACAAAAUAUGCGACAUAAAAACUUCCCCUCUUCUUCUCUUCUUCUUCGGGAUCUGAUUUUCUAUGAAGUUGUUCAAUGGUAAAGUAACAGACCCAUCGGAUUCUGAUUCUGAUUCUGAACACUGUUAUAAUUAUACUGUUGUAUUUUCAUGGACAGUUGAUCAGUAAUUUUUAAACGAGUGUAAUAAAAAUUG